AGGUGGGAGGAGGCGGCGUUUCCGGCCGCCGUCGCUGUCCAGGGAGGCUGAGGCGACAGGGAGCUGUCCGGGUGGGGAGUCCGCACUACCUUAUUCCUCUAACUCCUCCUCUGGGUGAGGGGAGCGAAAGUUGGGGCCCCGACCCCAUGGACCGGGAGGAGGCGGAGGCCGCCGAGAGUCGGGGCCCCGCUGUGUGGCCCUGAGCCCCGGGGACUGGUUCCGCCUUUCUGGAAGGCCAUGGAGAAGAGGCUGGGAGUCGAGCCAAGCACUGCUUCCCGGAUUUUAUCAGGAUUUUGUUGGCAGACAUCUGUGGAGUGGUUGAGAAGCCUGUACCUGUUUUAUACUUGCUUCUGCUUCAGUGCUCUGUGGUUGUCAACAGAUGCCAGUGAGAGCAGGUGCCAGCAGGCGAAGACACAAUUUGGAGUUGGCCUGAGAUCUGGGGGAGAAAAUCACCUCUGGCUUCUUGAAGGCACCUCCUCUCCCCAGUCAUGUUGGGCUGCCUGCUGCCAGGACUCUGCCUGUCAUGCCUUUUGGUGGUUAGAAGGGAUGUGCGUGCAGGCAGACUGCAGCAGGCCCCAGAGCUGCCGGGCCUUCAGGACAGACUCUUCCAAUUCCAUGCUGGUCUUUUUAAAAAUAUUCCAAACUGCAGAUGAUUUGGGCUUUCCACCUGAAGAUGGUGUACCACAUAUUCUGGGGCUACAUUGGAGCAGGGCAUCUUGGAGGAGACAGAACCCACGCAGAGCUCCACUCAGACCUGCUGUAUCUUUCAGUGACCAGCAGAGCUUAAUCAGGAAGCCUUGGAAGAGAGAGAGUCCCAGUGAAGAAGUAGUUACACCUUUAGUGACACAGCAUUCUGAAAUGAAUGACUCCAAGGAACUAGGUGAUCUGCAUAUCAAUGGCUCUGCAGAGGUCCACAAGGCAGUUACAACUUCCAAUCCCUUAACUGUAGACCUGACUGCAGAGAUUCCUGUUUGGUUAAAGAAUAUAUCAGUCCAGCCUGAGCCAUCAGAGGAUCCCGGUACUACGCCUAGUACUCAGCAAGUAAACAGGCCUGGGAAAAUCCAGAUUGCUACCCCUCUGCCAGUGGCUCCCUCCUACAGUUAUGCUACCCCCACCCCCCAGGCCUCUUUGCAGAGCACCUCAGCACCAUACCCAGUUAUAAAGGAACUGGUGGUAUCUGCUGGAGAUAGUGUCCAGAUGACCCUGCCUAAGAAUGAAGUUCAAUUAAAUGCAUAUGUUCUCCCAGAACCACUUGAAGGAGAAACCUACACCUAUGAGUGGCAGCUGAUUACUCAUCCUAAAGACUACAGUGGAGAAGUGGAAGGGAAACAUUCCCAGAUCCUCAAACUAUCCAAGCUCACUCCAGGCCUGUAUGAAUUCAAAGUGAUUGUAGAUGGUCAAAAUGCCCAUGGGGAAGGCUAUGUGAACGUGACGGUAAAACCAGAGCCCCGUAAGAAUCGGCCUCCUGUUGCCAUUGUGUCACCACAGUUCCAGGAGAUCUCUCUGCCAACCACUUCUACAGUCAUUGAUGGCAGCCAAAGCACUGAUGAUGAUAAAAUCGUCCAGUACCAUUGGGAAGAACUUAAGGGGCCUCUGAGAGAAGAGAAGAUUUCUGAAGAUACGGCCAUAUUAAAACUAAGUAAGCUCGUCCCUGGGAACUACACUUUCAGCUUGACUGUCGUAGACUCGGAUGGAGCCACCAACUCCGCCACUGCAAGCCUGACAGUGAACAAAGCCGUGGAUUACCCCCCCGUGGCCAAUGCAGGCCCCAACCAAGUGAUCACCCUGCCCCAAAACUCCAUCACCCUCUUUGGGAACCAGAGCACUGAUGACCACGGCAUCACCAGCUAUGAGUGGUCACUCAGCCCGCGCAGCAAAGGGAAAGUGGUGGAGAUGCAGGGUGUUAGAACACCAACCCUGCAGCUCUCUGCCAUGCAAGCCGGAGACUACACCUACGAGCUCAAAGUGACUGACACAAUAGGACAAGAGGCCACCGCUCAAGUGACUGUUAUUGUGCAGCCUGAAAACAACAAGCCUCCUCAGGCAGAUGCAGGUCCAGAUAAAGAGCUGACCCUUCCCGUGGACAGCACAACCCUGGAUGGCAGCAGAAGUUCAGAUGAUCAGAAGAUUACCUCGUAUCUCUGGGAAAAAACAAAGGGACCUGAUGGGGUACAGCUUGAGAAUGCUAACAGCAGUCUUGCCACUGUGACGGGGCUGCAAGUGGGAACCUAUGUGUUCACCUUGACUGUCAAAGAUGAGAGGAACCUGCAAAGCCAGAGCUCUGUGAAUGUCAUUGUCAAAGAAGAAAUGAACAAACCACCUACAGCCAAGAUAACUGGGAAUGUGGUGAUUACCUUGCCCAUGGACACAGCAGCGCUGGAUGGCUCCAAGUCCUCAGAUGACAAGGGAAUAGUCAGCUACCUCUGGACUCGAGAUGAUGGGAGCCCAGCAGCAGGGGAGGUGUUAAAUCACUCUGACCACCACCCUAUCCUCUUUCUUUCCAACCUGGUCGAGGGAACUUACACAUUUCACCUGAAAGUGACUGAUGCGAAGGGUGAGAGUAACACAGACCGGACCACUGUGGAGGUGAAACCUGAUCCCAGGAAAAACAACCUGGUGGAGAUCAUCUUGGAUGUCAACGUCAGUCAGCUAACUGAGAGGCAGAAGGGGAUGUUCAUCCGCCAGAUUGGGGUCCUCCUGGGGGUGCUGGAUUCCGACAUCAUUGUGCAAAAGAUUCAGCCGUACACGGAGCAGAGCACCAAGAUGGUAUUUUUUGUUCAAAAUGAGCCUCCCCACCAGAUCUUCAAAGGCCAUGAGGUGGCAGCGAUGCUCAAGAGCGAGUUGCGGAGGCAAAAUGCAGACUUUCUGAUAUUCAGAGCCCUGGAAAUCAACACUGUCACGUGCCAGUUGAACUGUUCUGACCAUGGCCAUUGUGAUUCAUUCACCAAACGCUGUAUCUGUGACCCUUUUUGGAUGGAGAAUUUCAUCAAGGUGCAGCUGAAGGAUGGAGACAGCAACUGUGAGUGGAGCGUGUUAUAUGUCAUCAUUGCUUCCUUUGUCAUUGUUGUUGCCUUGGGAAUCCUGUCCUGGACUGUGAUCUGUUGUUGUAAGAGGCAAAAAGGAAAACCCAAGAGGAAAAGCAAGUACAAGAUCCUGGAUGCCACAGAUCAUGAGAGUCUGGAUCUGAAGCCAACCUCCCGAACAGUGGUAUUUGUAUCAGCCAGAGGGAAGCGAUCUUGCUGUUGGAUGGGAUCUGCCCUAAAGCUAUUGGCAGACAACCUUUUAUGCUGUGGCCCCUCUACAGCCAGAGGGAUAAGUAGUGAAGGCAUCAAACAGAAAGGGCCAAUGCUGAGCAGCAGCCUGAUGCACUCCGAGUCGGAGCUGGACAGCGAUGACGCCAUCUUCACGUGGCCAGACCGAGAGAAGGGCAAACUCCUGCACGGUCAGAAUGGCUCCGUGCCCAACGGGCAGACCUCGCUUAAGGCCAGGAGCUCACGGGAAGAGAUCUUGUAGCCACCUGGUCUGUCUCCUCAGGGUGGGGGUUGGCAGUGCCGGAGUCCAGAGCAUUGCCAGGCUGGUUCUCUUACCUCCCAUGUCUGUGGGCAGCUGUUCUCCCAGCAUCUGCUGGUCACUCCAGCCUAACACUCCCAACCAGAGCUGCUCAUACUUGAAUCCAGAGACGUUCUCCGGGAACCCCUGAACGAAGCUGUGAACGAAGGUUUCCUCUUUACACCCGUCUGGUAGGCCCCCCAGAAUAUCCUCACCUCAGGGCCUCCUUUUUCGCAAACUCCUCCCCAGCUCUGAGAGCGGACACAGCCAGCUCCUGGCCUCCUCUCCAGCUCUCUCUUGGCAGUGUUGCUGCUCCCAGGGCGCCUGCACAGUGAGCCUGGCUGUGUCCCCCACACCUGGGUGCAGAACCAAGCGCCACCAGCCUCCUGCUCCAAGAGCCUGCCUGCAGCCAUGUUCUCUGUUCUCUCCUUUGGGAUGGAGUGUGCCCUCUCGCUGGGUCCAGUGGAAGUAGCGCUCCUUCUCCUCACCACUGAUGCUGGGCUGGUGGAGCAGAAAUGGUGUCUGGCCCAAGAUUAGGGGAGGACUGGCUGUUUCAGGAAUGGAGAGGGGUCCCUCUGGCUGCUGGGCGGUUGUGUUUAGAGCAGCUAGGCUGGACGCAGCCUGCCUCCCUCCUCCUCCUGACCAGCCCUGGCUGCCUCAGGGCUCAGGCCACCGCCCCCUGUGCCCAGAAGAGACAGCUACAGACAGACUGGAACGUCGUGGCAUGAGAGCGCAUGUGUGCAACUACCCCCCUAUGGUCUCCUCUAUGUCCGUCUGUCCGUGUGUCUUCUGUGUCCCUUGCAUGUGUGUGUGUGUUAGAGGACGUGUAUGUGCAUCAGCUCCUCAGAGGGCUCUCGGCUACUCACAAGGCAACCUUGACCUGGAAAGACUUUCAGCUCCUUGGAACAGAGACUUCCUGAAUCCCUCUGGCCCUGUCAUGGGUUCCUCAGCCAUGGUAUUUGGGUGUUGAGGAAUGGGAGCUUUGGGGGACUGACUUUUUAAAAAGAAACUUACAGUUUAUACUACUGCACUACUGUCUGUUGUGAGAUGAUUAAACAUGCUAUUUAAUUGUA